ACUCGGGUGGGCGUCUGUGACAAGUUCAAGCCGGCUUAGCGAAGCUCUGCGCGGACUCGUCCGAAGCAGAAGCUCGCCGACUCGCUCCACGUUACACGACGCCGUUAUCGCAAAGAAGUUCAAGGGCGGGGGAGAAAAAAAAAAAAAAACAACAACAACCUGCGGCGACAUUACUCCGGAGUCGCCAGACGGCCGCUGAGAUUUAAGAAAAAAAGAAGAAGAAGAAGAAGAAGAAGAAAAAAAGUCGACUGACACGGGAGAUUUUCUGGAUAAAACUUUGCACUUUCCCACCACUUGAACUCGAAGACGUUUCAUUGACGCCGGUGGGAAGACUGGCCAACAUGUUCGGUGAGCACACCGCAGCCGGGAGCUUGGCGUCCAUGUCAGGGGUCGCUCGUUUCGGGAAAUGAGCACUGGCGGCACCGACGGCAAAAUAAUGCUCAGAAGAUGGCUCGCCACCUUCAAGCCGUUCAGGAUAUUCGUGGUGGGGAUAGGCUUCUUCAGCCUGUGCUUUCUAAUGACUUCUCUGGGGGGGCAAUUUUCAGCCAAAAGACUGGGGGACGCCCCCUUCACCAUCCGUACAGAAGUGCUGGGAGGUGUGGAGUCGCGCGGUGUGCUGAGGAAGAUCAGUGACAUGCUGGAGGUGAUUCUGAAGCGAAUGGACAGCCUCGCCAAGAUGGACAACACCACCGCCGCUGACACGCGACGCCUGGAUGAGCUCAGCUCCGCAAUCAACAAAUUUCAACCAGCUGGCCUGAUGGAUAUGAUCCAGACUAUUGCCCAGAAUGUCUCCAACAUGGCAGUCAGAGUGGAGCAGAUACUGCAAACCAGCAUCAUGCAAGGCAAAGCAGUGAGAGAUGGGACAUCAAGCCAGUGCGACGUACCCAAAGACCCCCGCUACCCGGAGUGUCCCGGAAAAGUGGAUUGGAUGCGAGCACGCUGGACCUCCGACCCUUGCUACGCCUUCUACGGCGUCGAUGGCUCCGACUGCUCCUUCCUCGUCUACCUGAGUGAAGUGGAGUGGUUCUGCCCCCCGCUGGCCUGGAGGAAUCACAGCAGCCAAGCCAGCCCCCAGCAUGUCUACCAGGCUAAGGGCACCAAGAGGCCUGCUGCCUUCCGCACCGACCUGUCCAUGUUACUCGACCAGAUUGGCGCAGGAAAGGAGUCUCUGAGCUUCAUGAAGCGCAGAAUCCGUCGCCUUGCGCCGCAGUGGGCGACGGCUGCCAACCGCCUCGACGCUAAGCUGGCGCACCGGUGGAGGGACCAGAAGAAGAUCUUAAUCCACGUGGGGUUCCUAACAGAGGAGUCUGGCGACGUUUUCAGCCCCAAGGUGCUUAAAGGGGGUCCUCUGGGAGAGAUGGUCCAGUGGGCCGACAUCCUCGCCACACUCCACGUUCUGGGACACAACCUCAAGAUCUCCAUGUCUGUCAAGGAGCUCCAGAGCUUCCUGGGUGUGCCCCCCGGCCGAGGCAGUUGCCCACUGACUGGCCCUCUGCCUUUUGACCUCAUCUAUACCGACUACCACGGCCUGCAGCAGAUGAAGCAGCACAUGGGGCUCUCGCUCAAAAGACACAAGUGUCACAUCCGAGUGAUUGACACAUUUGGGACGGAGCCAGCGUACAACCACGAGGAGUACGCCACCCUGCACGGCUACCGGACCAACUGGGGCUAUUGGAACCUGAACGCCAGGCAGUACAUGACCAUGUUCCCUCACACGCCAGACAACUCCUUCAUGGGCUUCGUGUCGGAGGAGCUGAACGACACGGAGAAGAGGAGCAUCCAGCAGAGCAAAGUCAGCAGCAUGGCAGUGGUGUACGGGAAGGAGGCCAGCAUGUGGAAGGGCAAAGAAGGCUUCCUGCAGAUUCUCCACAAGUACAUGGAGGUCCACGGCACGGUGUACUACGAGACGCAGAGACCUCCAGAGGUCCCGGCCUUCGUCAAGAACCACGGCCUGCUGCCCCAGCACGAGCUGCAGCAGCUGCUGCGCAAAGCCAAGCUCUUCAUCGGCUUUGGUUUUCCCUACGAAGGCCCCGCCCCCCUGGAAGCCAUCGCUAACGGCUGUGUCUUCCUGCAGCCAAAGUUUAAACCGCCUCACAGCUCGCUCAAUCACGAGUUCUUCAAAGGAAAGCCCACCUCGAGAGAAGUGUCGUCCCAGCAUCCGUACGCGGAGCAGUACAUCGGGAGUCCUCACGUCAUGACGGUGGACUACAACAACUCUGUUGAGUUUGACGCUGCCAUUAGAGAAAUUAUUCGGACCAAGGUUGAACCGUACCUGCCGUACGAGUACACGUGUGAGGGCAUGCUGGAGCGAGUGCACGCCUACAUACAGCAGCAGGACUUCUGUGACCCCGAGCCAUUGUUCGUCCCCGGCAACGUGUCCAGACAAGGUUCUGCUGGCGGCGUGGGCGGCGGCCUGGCGAGGCCUCUCUUUGCGCCCCUGCCCAACUCCACAGCUCUGGGCUGGGCGCCCGACGUGGCCUCUCCGCCCGCCGCCUGGCCCCCGCUCAGCUCGCUGCGGCUGCUGGUGUCGCAAGAGGGCGAGUCGUGCGUCGAGGCGUGCCGCGCCCGCGGCCUCGUCUGCGAGCCCGCUCACUUUCGCUUCAUCAACAACAAGGAGGCUCUGCGCAGGUUGGAGGUUCAGUGUGAUGUUCUGGACUCGGAGAUGAACCACGUCCUCCCGGGCUUCUCCGUGUUGCGGCGCGAGUGCGCACUUCAGCGCGAGCCGCUGCUCUUCAGCUGCGCCGGCCAGUCGCCCAAAUACAGACGCCUGUGCCCCUGCAGGGACUUCCGGCGCGGCCAGGUGGCGCUGUGCAGGGACUGCCUCUGACCGCGGGACGCGCUCGGGCGGGAGAAUCGGUGGCGAGGCAGGUAAUGAGCCCGCUUACCUGAGAGGGCAGGGAGGCGGCCUCCAUUGUGGAAUAGGAAGCGCGAGGCGUGGAUUGAACGUGUUCCAACAGGCGGCGGGGUACGAUAUGAUGGGGCUUCCUGCGUCGGCGGCGAGCGGAGAAGUCGCUGCUUACGGACGUCGGCCAAGCCGGUCGGAGUGUAGCCUUCCCCCCACGGAGGGCAGAUGAAGAACACACCCGCUCGUUUGAGGACCCUUAAGUCGUCACUUUGGAGGUAGAAGAGGCUGCGGUGUCAUUCCUUCCCUGGACGAGGAGGCCAGCGCAGUUCAAUAUCCAAUCUCCUCUCGGCGCACGCACAAAAGGGAGACGCACAAGCGGGGGGUUAUCGCCCGGGCUUCCCCCCGCCGUAUCCUCUUCCUCCCCCUCCCUCGUCGAUUGGCAGAGUCAUUUAUCAGACCGGGCCCCCGAGUCGGAGGCAACAUCACUCAAUGUAAUCAUCUGUGGUCACAAAAGGCAGGAAAAGAAGCAGAGAGGACACAGAUAAAGGCGACAAAAUUAUUUUUCAAUGAAUACGCUCAAGUGGAUUUUUCAGAGUCCUCGCGGGCUGCCUGAUGGAGGAGACGCCACCAAAUAAAAAGAUCAUCAUGGAUCAAAGCCCCGCGCUGUCUCCUGUCAUUGUGCUCUUCUCUACAAUCCGUCUGAUCUUUCAACAAUUGAAUUUUUUAUUUGUAUUUUUUUUUCUCAUUUGAACAUGCGAGCAUCCUGACUCAAACGCGAUUUUGGUAGACCAGGGCUGUCUAACUUGUUUUUAAGCACGGGCCACAUCGUGCUUGUGGGGCGGGUUGCAAUAGUAAAACCACAUGUACAAUUGCUUGAGUAACGGUACGCCAAAAAUCAUGGUUUGUUUUUGUUUUUUGUUGUUGUUUUAUUUAUUUAUUUAUUUUAAAUACAUUGAUAUAUAUAUUUUUUUUUUCUUAUAACAGCACCGGAAGACUCGCCUUAGCGGCCCAGGCUAAACUUAGCUCCUCCCCGACAUCCAAAUGACAUGCAUCACUACAACGUAAUUUCAUGAUACCAAUUACUGCACUACUUCCCCGUUUAGACGUAGCUUUUUGUGGCAUCUUACAGUGUUUCGGAAAGCACAGGAAAUGCAAGUCGAUGGGUUUUCCUGCAAAAACCUGCGGAAACACAAAUGGAUGAAUUUGUAAGUCGUAAACCACAAAACUGUAGGAUUACUACAGUAAGUGAACAGGAUGCCAAACAUACUGCAUGUUUUGUGUGAGCAGCAACAGAUUGAACAGUGUUAUAGAAACCCUAAUAAUGCUAUUUGUCAAACAUUCUUUAUUUACGUGGGAUAAACCCCUUGAGAUGCGACAUCGUUUGCGAGGGGGGGUCCCACACAACAGAACUGAGAUCAACCCAUUUCACAAGAAGCAUCGCUUUAGCAAAUGAAGGGUAGUUGCAAAAAAAAAAAAAAAAAGAAGUCAAGUUCUUGAAUGCCACUCACAGCUGAAAUUUACACUCAAACCUAAACAUAAAACUACACGUUGUGUAUUUAAAAAAAACACACACACAGUUUAGCUUUUAGUCUGCUAGCUUAAUGCUAAUGCUAACACGCAAUGGGAAGCGUACACAUAGCCCUUUAAGCAACUGAUAUUUGGCCACAAAUGCCGCAGCAACACGUUUAGACAUUCAAUAUAAGAGCGCUGACAGUCAUAUAUUCUUUGUCGUCUGCGAGGAGCUGAGGCAUCGAUGUACAGUACAUCUGUCGGUCUGUACUGCCCCCCCCAGGUGACCAAAGCGGCCAGCUGCACAAUAGCCAUUCAAGUGAUGCAAAGUGCUUUAUUUUCAAUUAUUUAAUUAUGUCAUUACUUUGUAUUGAAUAAAGUACGGUAUUAGAGUGCUUUCAUCCUGAUAACCCGAAUUGCGCCUGGUUUGAUUCAUUUUUGACAGUGGAUAACUAGUUUCUUACUAGGUAUUAAUUCUCGUGCCUGGUCAGCCGGGGUCCCAAGUGAUUAUCAUAUGGGUAUGUUUUUGUUUGUUUGUUUGUUUUUUGGAACAACUACAGCUUCAAACCGAGGUGAGUAGUCAAUUGUUGUCCUCGAAAAUGUUGAAGAAACUUGCAUCGAUAAUUUCAAGAGUUCCUCCUACAGUUGCGAAAUCUUUGAAAGCCAUUGUGAUUAAUACGGACAAAUUACUUGGCAACAAAGGGAUAAGAGCAUAUUCAAUCUUAUAAAUGUGCAAUUGAGCUAAACAUGAGUUUUUGGACGUGAUGGCAGAAUUUGUGUAAUGGAUUAAAGCACUUAACGCGUGUCGCGGCAUUUAACGCGUCGAAUAUUGCCGUGUUAAAUAUUAAGUGUGUUUAUGUGACAGGGAGAAAGAGAGAGGGAGAAGAAAUGCUUUUCUCACAAGCAUCAGAUAUUCAUUUGAGGACAUGGAGCAGCUGCCUUUAUCAAGGUGACUUUGACACGUUAAGCUGAGAAAUCAUGCGCUGGCUUUUUCUUCUUCUGCGUUCCAACGCUUCUGUUUUCCUCUGGACUUUACGCGUCCUUCGCCUGACUUAAAAGACACAUCGUAGUUGAUCCAUGGCAGAGUUUGUAUAUUCGUAAACAUGUCACAGCUCCCUUUGAUUUCAACUUGAGUCAAGACCAAAGCAAAAAAUGCUCUUCAAGUGAUCAUUCUUUCUAUUCGAAGGUGAUGCAAAUCAAGCAGAUUGCGAGGAUGUUAUGGGACAUUUUUUUUGUGUUGACGCUCUUCUAAUUUUGCUUCUUCUUCUCUGUGGUCCAAUUUGCCUGACAAAUGUUGGCAACACACACACGCGCACACUUUUGCUAUUAGCACAGUUAUGAUGCUCCAGCGUGUAUCUUUCUAAUUACUUCUUAUGCUGAUUUGUAACUCUUGUACACACGCAAUACACAAUGUCAGCUGCCAUCAGCUUCCCAUUGUGCACUGGGGCAUCUUCCUCUCUGUGUGUAUGUGUUUAUUCGAGUCUAUCUUUGACCUAAUCAUUCUUGCAGCCCCUGCAAAAGAAACGACAUUUUUGUAUUUUUUUAUUUAUUGUAACUAUGAACUUUUUAAGGUAGAAUUUUGUACCCAAAAAAAAGGCAAAUUCUGUUGAUUUUAUUGGGAAGCACUGAAUUUUGAAAUAAAUGUAGCAGUAAAUGAAGUUACUUAAAAAAAAAAUAAUUCCAUGGAAUUAUGGUAAAUAUGUUGUUUUAAACACUGCAUGUCUACUUGAUAUAGUUUUACUAUCAAUGUGUACAACAUUUUCACAAAAAUUCAUUCAUACAAUUUCC